AUGUUCGCUCGUCUCUCCACUGUCUUCGUCUACGUCCUUGCGACGAUGGCUGUCCUUGCUGCCGCCACCCCUCCUCCUGUCACGUCGAAGACCACCGUGACUUCCGUGACCACUAAGACCACCACCCAGACCGACAUUAAGACCACCACCCAGACUAACACUAAGACCACCACCCUCGCAAUCACCACCACCGUUCCAGUGACCACCAAGGUCCCGGUCACUACCACUGUCACCGUCAAGCCGCCCUCUCCUACCAGCACCCCCAUCAGCCAAUGCAACACUGGGGCCAUCCAGUGCUGCAAUGACAUUCAAAGGGCAAACACCAAGAUCGUUACCGGUCUUCUUGGUCUUCUGGGAGUCGUGAUCAACGAAGUCACUGCUCUUGUUGGUAUCACCUGCUCGCCCCUCAGCGUCAUCGGCAUUGGCGGCAACUCUUGCACAGCUCAGCCGGUUUGCUGCGAGCACAACACCUUCAACGGUAUCAUUGCUAUCGGCUGCACCCCGAUUAACAUCAACCUCUAA